AUGAAAACUUCUGAGAAUGCUAAUGAAAAGGUUAGACAAUUUUCAAUUAAGCAAACAGUUAAAGCUUUCCAUAAAACAGGAACCAAAUGGCGUGAGGGUAUAAUUAUUGAUAAACUAUCUGACUUCAUAUACGCUAUCCGUCUUUCUAACGGUGCUACAAUAACUCUACUAAUUGCUCAAAAAUUCCCCACGCAUUUAGCAGCUAAAAUAGCUGGAAGAAUAUCUCAAGUAAUUAGAAGAACACCGAAUCAAAAAAAAGUACGAGAUGAACGAGAAAUAAUACCAAGGGAAGUACAGAAUCAAACUGAAAUGGAACAAGAAAUUAACCGUUUCAAAGGGAGAAUGCGAGAACAAGCUAAUAAACGAAUAAAGGAAGGCAAGAAAAUCAAUGCGGAAGAUGAUAUCGAAAUAGCCUUACUUGAAGCCCAAAUAGCGAAAGCGGACUAG